AUGAAGCGAGUCUCAACACCGCUAGCGCUGUCGCCGUGGGAGCAGUUGGUGGUGGCCAGGUUCGCGUACGCGCUGUUCGCUGUUCUGUCGGUGCAUCUCGUUCUGCUUGCACUGUGCUUGGCGAUUGUUCGGCGAGGACAGACGCUGCUGUUCGGUCAGUGGGAGGAGAUCUCCGGCGUAAAGCUGGUGGCGUGGGCUGCGCUGCUGUUCUAUUGUGGUACUAGCGGCCUACUAGCACUCGUGCUGAAGAGUAAGCGAGCGGCGGCCAAGCACGCGCUAGGGUGCUGGAUGCUGUUAUUGGUGCUGCACACGUCGCACCUUGUCGUCACGGUGUCGCCUGCAGUGCCCCACGAUAACUCGCACUCGUGGACGACAUGCCAGAUGAUGGUGCAAGUGCUGACGGACGCCAUGAGCUGCAGCUUCCUCGUCUGGCUGCUGCGGCAACGAAAUGGCGUCCACGACAAGGAGGAUAGUUUGCGCCAGCCUCUGCUUCCAGUUGUAAGCAUGGAAGAUGCUCAUGAUGGUGCCGAGUACAGUAGCCGAACCACAUAG